CCGAAAAGAGCAAUCCGCGGCUCUGAGCUCCCCGCACACCGCGUCUCGGGUGCCGGGGUACACGAUGGCGGCUCCGGCCCGUUGGGUGCUGUGCCUGUGCCUGGGCUGCCUGUGCCUGACUCCUGGGGACGUCCUGCGGGCACGCUGGGCCGGGCUGCGGCGGAGGGCUGCUUGGGGCGGCAAGGCGAGAGCAGGUGACCACGGGCUGCAGCCGGGGGACAAGGUGUCGGAGCACAUGCUGCGCCUUUACGCGCAGUACAGCGCGGCUCCUGCGGAGCCGCCCCGAGAGCCGCCCGCCCCGCACCUCCGCCGCGGGAACACCGUGCGAGGGUUCCGCCCGAGGGCUGCAGGGAGCCCUGGAAGUCAGGAGCUGUAUGUUUUUAACUUGACUUCACUCACCAAGUCAGAAAAUAUCUUGUCAGCUUCGUUGCAUUAUUAUAUCGGUGAUCUGCUGGACUCUGACUGGAAUUGUUCCCAGUCCGGAGGCUGUUCUCGUCGUGGGCACAGGAAACCUGAAAUUCAAAUACAUCUUUCGGUGUGGACCUUUCCAUCUGUUGGGAACCAGACUCGGAGUCUGGGCCAUUUCUUAAUAAACAUCUCCAGCUCUUAUGGCAAUGUCCUUUCCUGGCAGUGGAAAGAUAUCACUCAGGUCCUACACAAAGCAAAACAGAGCAAUGAACUUCUGAUUGGUGUCAGAAUGGAUUCAACCAGCCGUCCCCUGUGGAAAAGGGCACUAUUUCACUAUGAGCCCUACAUUCUCAUAUACGCCAAUGAUUCUGCCAUUUCAGAGCCAGAGAGUGUUGUUUCUAGUUUGCAAGGGCACCACAAUCCGUUGGCAAGGGUCUUCCCUGGGCCAGAAAACCACAUGAGGAGCAGCCUUGGAAAGCGGCGGCGAAAACGCUCCACCAAUGUCCUGUUGCCAUUGCAGAACAAUGAGCUUCCAGGAGCAGAGUACCAGUACAAUGAGGAUGAGAGGUGGGAAGACAGAAAACCAUACAAAACUUUCCAUCCUCGUCUGGCAGAGAGGGCAAAGAGUAAGAAAAAGCAGAGGAAGAACCACCACCAGAAGAGCCAGACUCUCCAGUUUGAUGAGCAGACCUUGAAGAAGGCGAGGAGGAAGCAGUGGAAUGAGCCCCGGUAUUGUGCCCGACGCUAUCUCAAAGUGGAUUUUGCUGACAUUGGCUGGAGCGAGUGGAUUAUUUCCCCGAAAUCCUUUGAUGCCUAUUACUGCUCAGGGGAAUGUCAGUUCCCAAUUCCAAAGGCCUUGAAGCCAUCCAACCAUGCCACCAUCCAGAGCAUAGUGAGAGCUGUUGGCGUUGUCCCUGGAAUUCCUGAGCCGUGCUGCGUUCCUGACAAAAUGUCUUCUCUCAGCAUCUUAUUCUUUGAUGAAAAUAAGAAUGUGGUUCUCAAGGUGUACCCCAACAUGACAGUAGAAUCCUGCGCGUGCAGAUAACGUCUCAGAAGACCCUUUAGAAGCACUAAGGUGAUCGCUCGCUGUUCAUUGGUGUUCUUUUCAUGAUUUCUACUUUUUGUUUGCACUGCCAAGGCAUUUUCUUCCGGGUGGGGGAGGGAAAGAAGUAAAUCCAAACAAAAAAGGUGAAAAUGGAGUGGAUUCUGAAUUGCAUUUCCAAGGGAUGGAAACAUGAACUUCGUUCAUCUUUAAAUUUGAUCAAGGCGUUAAGUCACGGCAACGAGGACUGACUGUUGCUAUUGAAACUGAGAUGAAACAGAAAUUUACAGAAGAUUUCAAAAUUUUUGGGACUGUCAGAAGGACACACUGUUCUAUUUUUGUACAUGAUUUUGGAAACAGUAGCUGUUAAAUUUUAUCUCCGUUCUUCUGGUGACUGAUGGGGAGGGAGAUAAGAAGUCUACUUCUAUUCAUUUUAAACCUAAACUUUCCAUCAUAGUUUACUGAGUAAUGCAGCAAGAAAUAAAUAAAUAAACAAAUCUGACAUUCCAAGAGCCUUAGAUAACACAACUCAGAUAUCUGUUUCCUUGGUAUGACAUGUCACUGACUGCAUGCAUGCAUUCAUUUUCAAUAACAUAUUCUUCAUAACUCAGUUUACAAGAUGUCCCUGCCCUUGGCUGAAGAAGGCAAAACAUAUCUCUGCUGCAUGGGAAAUUGUGGUAUCUCAGAAAGACUUCUCUUCCAUGCCACUGCAGAAACACAGCAGGUAAAGGGUAUGAAAGUGUAGCACGUAGUGACGUGUUCAUAAGAGAUAUUCUAGAGCAUAUCUGCAAAUAAUCUAUGAGUAAGUUAUGGUAGUUAAUUCCUAACAUGAAAUUAUUCGGUUCGUAACUCUUAUCUGUAUACCUUAAUGACAGUUAUUUUAUCAGAAUUAGCUCUGGUUGGUGAGUUUUGAUGUUGCAUUAAUCAAAUAGCAGCUUUUCUUUUUCUCAUUGCUUCUGCUCUGGAAAUGUGUUGUACCUGUGCUGUCAAUUUAGAAUCAUAGAUUCUUAAAUUUAAGGUUUCUUACCAGCAAGUUUUGCACAACAAAAAUACAAAACAUGCUUUCCAUGGGAAAAAAUAAUGUGAGAAACUAAAAGCAGGGAAAGAAGUAUCUAAUGAAUCAUAGGCACCUCUGCAAAAAGUUGGUUCUGUUUUUGAGUGGAUGUCAGAGGAACACUUCAAGUUUUAAGUUUCCAGUAGUGUCCUCCAUAGGGAGUGAAGCUUCUUAAAGCACUUCUGGCUGGCAAGAACCACGUUUUAGUUCAUGCAAAGAGUAAACAUUUAUCUUUUGGGUAAACUAUCUGCAUAACUGACUGUAGUGUGCUUAAAGGGAGAAUGUUCAUAAGGAAUGAAUUAAUUCUCCAUGGUCAGGAGAGUUCAGUUCUCUACUUUGGAGUCAGUGAUUCUUCCGUGUUUUGAAAGUGAUCAGCUUUCCCAUGUGAAUGCCUCCUUGCAGCUUCAUAGCUAUGUGAAGGUAAUUUAAACACUUGAUGAUUGAUUCUUGUGUUUGGUCACUGGUGCUAUCGUGUUUACCAAUCUGAGUCAUGUGCAUGGGUGUGAGAGGUGUGGACAUGGGUCACAUAACCCAGGAUCCUUUCAGCAAUCAUUUUUUACUGCACAAAUCUCAGUGGAAGCUGAUGGCAGUUUCACUUCAAAACAAAACAAAA